GUUGCCGGGCCCCGGGCGCGAGGCUUGCCUCUGUCGUCUCCGCCAGGGUGCUCACCCGCCGCUGGGGCUCCUCGCCCGCCACCCCUCGGCCGUCCCGGCGACCAACAAAGAGCGCGCCGCUCCGGCUGUCGAGCCCGGAGGCUCCCCGGCCGGGGCGCCCGGCAGCCCGGCGGCGAUCGGGCGCGGGCGAUGGAAGAUGGAAGAUAGAAGCCCCGCGGCAGAGACAUUUCUAUGGGUCAGCAGCACCUCAGCGCAUUCCCGGAGUGUCGCCAAGGCCAGAUACGGAUUUUUGUUUGGCACAUCUGAUGAGCAGACUCCAGACACUAGUGAUCAUGGAGGAAGCAAUUUACUCCCACCCAAUGUCACAAAUGAAUUUCCGGAAUAUGGGACCAUGGAGGAAAGUGGAGAAGGUCUGAGAGCAUCUCCGGAGUUUGAUGCCGAGUCUCUACCAUGCUGCCCACAGGGACAACAGGGGGUCCAGUUUCUUGCUGGCCACUGUGCUGGGCUCAACAGUGUUACAGGAGGACCAAAAGAUGUUGGAGAGGCUCCCCCGCUGAGUCAGCUCAAGGAACAAAGUUUACAGCCCAUUGACGCUUUAAUUUCGGCUCUGAAAGCCACAGAGUCCCGAAUAGCUUCAGGAACGUCACAGGCUACCAAGGUACUGGGCAGAGAUGCUGGGCUGAGUUUUUCAGCUCAGCAGGUGGAAAGAGAGCUGAACACUGCCCAUCAUAAAACACAGAGAGCCAACAGACUGUUCCCUGCUGGCCAAGGAGAACCACCAGGUACACCUCUUCCAGCUGCACUGACGACUGAGGAAGAUUUUUAUUUGAGCAUCCAGAAGGAUCUGACUGUCUUGUUAACUGGGGAAACUGAGGCAGAGCUUUCCCAGUUAACUAAUAAUGGGAGCAAAAGGGCCCUCUGUGCGCAGGAGCCAGGUGGCUCCGCGCCCUCCACCAGGAGCCCAGCAGCGACCCUCAGCUCUGCAGGCAGCGCUGGGCUUUCAAGAGAGAGGAGGUCUGAUCUGGGGAGCGAGCCCCCCAGGGGAGGGGAUCGAGGCAGCUCCACAGGACGCCCAGGCCGGGGCAAACACGUGGAAUUUCAAGGGGUGCAAAUACUGUGGGCAGGAGGGGAGAAAGGAGAGACACGGCAUCCUGUGGAUUUUGAGACGUCGUUGGACAGGACAGUCUCUCCUGGAAGCAGGGCAUUUCCCCGGGAGUCAAGCCGCCUCACCCCCACGGCCAGCCUGGGCCAUUCGGCUGGUUUAACUGGGAGGGUUCGGGCUGAAACCUGGGGAGCGCCUUCAGAGAAGCCUGGCACCAGCUCAGGGACACUGUCCCCUUUGCCUGUGGCUGAGAGUGGAGAGGAUGAAGUCUUCCUAAGGGAAAACAGAGAACAUCUUAGGAAGCCAGAGCUGGCGGGGGACAGGGAAAGGACUCUUGAGGAAGAGGAGCCCUUUCAGGGAGGCGACGAGGAUACUCUUGGGCCCGGGUAUACGGAGGACUCCACUGAUGUGUACAGCUCCCAGUUUGAAACCAUUCUGGACAACACCUCUUUAUACUACAGUGCCGAGUCCUUGGAGACGUUGUACUCUGAGCCUGAUAGCUAUUUUAGCUUUGAAAUGCCCCUCACUCCAAUGAUACAGCAGCGCAUUAAAGAAGGCACCCAGUUCCUCGAGAGGACACCAGCGGGAGGACAUCCGGACGUCCUGAGCGUCUCAGCAGAUGGCAGCAUAGUGAUGGGCUAUUCCAGUGGGAUCACCAACGGGCUGCGUGACUCCGGAGGCACUCUGGAGAUCGCGUUUUGGGGAAGCAAUGCUGCAGUGAAGACAAGCCUGCUGGAGGCCCGUUCUGAAAUGGGGAGCACUGAGGUUCUGGGGAAGGAGCCCCCAGAAGGCCUCAGUAAUGGUGCCGGCAGCAACGCGGAAGCAGCCAAGAGGUUGGCCAAGCGCCUGUACCAACUGGACAGAUUCAAAAGAUCGGAUGUGGCCAAGCACCUGGGCAAGAACAAUGAAUUUAGCAAACUCGUUGCAGAGGAAUAUCUGAAGUUUUUUGAUUUUACAGGCAUGACUCUGGAUCAGUCUCUCAGGUAUUUCUUUAAAGCAUUUUCUCUUGUGGGAGAAACUCAAGAACGAGAGAGAGUUUUAAUACACUUCUCCAAUAGAUAUUUUUACUGUAACCCAGAUACCAUUGCUUCACAAGAUGGAGUCCAUUGCCUCACCUGUGCAAUGAUGCUUCUUAACACAGAUCUCCAUGGCCAUAACAUUGGAAAGAAGAUGACCUGCCAAGAGUUCAUUGCAAACCUCCAAGGGGUAAAUGAGGGUGGUGAUUUCUCCAAGGAUCUCCUGAAAGCUCUGUACAACUCAAUCAAGAAUGAGAAGCUUGAAUGGGCAGUGGAUGAUGAAGAGAAAAAAAAGCCUGCAUCGGAAGGUGCUGAUGAGAAGGCCAAUGGGACACACCCAAGGACCGCCGGCCGAGUCGGGGGCUCCACCAACCCGUUCGUGGGCAUCCCGCAUGACCCCGAUGCUGCCGUGUACAAAAGUGGGUUCCUGGCUCGCAAAAUCCAUGCAGAUAUGGAUGGAAAGAAGACUCCAAGAGGAAAGCGAGGAUGGAAAACCUUUUAUGCUGUACUAAAGGGAACAGUCCUUUACUUGCAAAAGGAUGAAUAUAAGCCAGAAAAGGCCCUGUCUGAGGAGGAUUUGAAAAACGCCGUGAGCGUGCACCAUGCACUGGCAUCCAGGGCCACGGACUACGAGAAGAAACCGAAUGUGCUUAAACUUAAAACUGCCGACUGGAGGGUCUUGCUUUUCCAAACCCAGAGUCCAGAGGAAAUGCAGGGGUGGAUAAACAAAAUCAACUGUGUUGCAGCUGUAUUUUCUGCGCCACCCUUCCCAGCAGCCAUCGGGUCUCAGAAGAAGUUCAGCCGUCCACUUCUCCCUGCCACUACAACAAAAUUGUCUCAGGAGGAACAGCUGAAGUCUCAUGAAAGCAAGCUGAAGCAGAUUACCACGGAGCUGGCUGAGCACCGCUCACACCCCCCGGACAGGAAGGCAAAGGCCAAGGAGGUCGAUGAGUACAGACUGAAGGAUCACUACCUGGAGUUUGAGAAAACCCGCUAUGACAUUUAUGUCCGCCUCCUGAGGGAAGGAGGCAGGGAGCUGCUGCACAGCAGGGUGAGCGAGGCCGCCAGCCUGAAGAAGUCCCACUCCAGCCCCUCGCUGAACCCAGACUCAGCGCCCAUCACGGCCAAGGUGAAGCGCAACGUGUCAGAGCGGAAAGAUCACCGGCCAGGGACCCCGAGCAUUAAGCCAAAGGUCACUUAGAGCUCCCCUGGGACCAGGAAGUGCUGGUCAUGGAGCAAAACAGUUUUUCAAGGUCCUUCUGGUAAACCCAUGAAUAUAUUUAAAAAAGUCUGUGACUAAACGGUGCAUUAGUAACCUUUUCUAUUGUAUAUUUUUGUUAGUUUCUCUACCAACUGUCUCUUUGCUCUGGAUUCCUUUGCUCUGAUGGUUUUUGCUACUUGAUCGCUAAUGCACCUUUUUCUGACGGGGAGGGGAUCAUGACUUCAGAACGAAUUGUGUCUCACUUCCCCUGCAGUUUUCUAUCGUUUGCACUCUGCUCAGUUGUUUUAUGUUUCCUCCAAUCAGCUGUCACACUUUUCUUUAAGGUUUAAACAAUUCAAUCAUUGUGAAACACUUAACUGGACAAACUUUGUAGUUGAGUCAACUCUAGCCAGAGUUAACGUGAGCCUUUACAUGUGAAUCCUGCCCAGUCACAGAGGUGGGGCUGUGCUCUCAUAGAAGGUCAAGUAAGAGGUACAGCCUGGGAGACAGGGGGCCCCACUGCAGCGGCCAUGCGUGCGCGGGGCCUGUCACGGGGAGCCCCACCCUGCCAGAGGCAGGGCAGGGCAUAGGGGUCGCUGAGCCUGGGAGGGGCAUCAGCGUGCUGGAAGUGUUGAUUCUGUCCCAGCCAAGGAAGAAGGGGACGUGGGGUCCCCUUGCCAUGGAAGGUCGAGGAGAGAUGACAGCAGGGUCGUUUUGUUCUCUGACGGGCGGUGGCGAUGACUGACGGGCAGGGCCUGUGGCAGUGGAAAAGUGUUACCUGGGCCCCACAGAGUCUAGUCUAGGAAUCCAGAAUCAUCUCUCCCAUCAAUACCCUGCUAUCGUGGAAUUAGGUCCUUUUACAUAUAUAUAAGCAUGGUUGUAAGACUCCACGGGUCUUCCUAAGAAAAUAGUGUUGAAAUGGAACCCCUGCUGUUCUUCCUUUAAUCGAAACAAAAUAACAGGAAAAGGGACUGCAGUUGUCUAACAAUGGGAUACUGAUUCUUUACAUCCAAAAGUAAAAAGUGGUCCACACAAGCAGUGAGUGGAGAGCCAAGGAAUGUGUGAUCGCAUAUGCAGAGGGACCGGGUUUACUCUUGCCUCAAUCUCUCCGACAGUGCUUCACUCUGCUCCUACCCAGCUUUUCCUACAUGUACUCAGAAUCCUUCUGUUACCCUUCUAGUCACUCACGUGUCCCAGUAGCAGUCCCUUUGACACGCAGGGUGAUAAAGGGCACAUGCUCUUGUAGAGAAGAGAGAGCACAGAUGGAUCAUGAGGAGCCGGAACCUUCUGAGUGGAAACCUGGAAGCCUCGUGGGCCUGGUGCUGCCAUCCACACACCGCCAUAACCAGAGUCGCUUGGAACCCUUUUCCCUCCCACAGACGUUUGCUCCGGGUCUGCUUUGUUGUUCGGUAAAGGUACUAUGAUCAAAGACUCAGGGACUCUGCCCGGACGGCAUGGUCCCGGGGGGCCAGAGAAAGCCUGUUUUGAACCGUGCAGUUUCCAGUGGCAUAUUGUUCCGAUGUACUGGUAUUUAAAUACAGGACUAUUUAUUAGCAUUUACUUUCUUUGUUUAUAGAAAUGCCCAUUAUUUACUGGUGCCCAGAAAAGAGAAACCCCUCUGUCAGGUUGUAGCUACUUGCUUGGUGAUAAGUAUUUCACCAUAUCUUUGAAAAACUCUUAACACUCUAUGUUUCAAAACUGGGGAACAAAUAGCUGGUCCCCACAUGGCCUGUGUACCUGAUUCAUUUUUGCACCUUCUGACUGAAUCCAAGAUUUCCAUAAGGGAAUCGUCUUUCUUCCUAGAAUCUGAACCGUCGGCUUGUUUGUGUUCUGCCUUAGGGAUUUACCCUAAGGAAAGGAGAGAAGGGUACCUAGACCAGGUUGUCCCCGACCUGCAGGAGCUGAAGAAAGAUAAACAUCCCUGAAGAGCAUGAUAUGUCUCCAUGCAUGUGCCCGGUGUGGGCACCUCUGUGUCUCGCUGGUGGUAUGUGAACAUGCAGCGGCGCCUCACUGCCACGUCUCCAACACUCAAAGUCGUCCUGGGGACGCGGUCGGCACCAGCGCCUGCAGCACUGACCUGGCAUGUGACUUGCCAAGGUCAUCUCUGGAGACUUGCAGAGAUGGGCGGUGAUUGGGUGAGAAGGGCACUGAAGCUGUGCGGUAAUGUUUGCAUCAUUUUACUAUAAAAACAGCUGCUGAGCUUAUUUGUGAGCCAGGACCACAGACCGCCCAGGCAAUGGUGGUGUCCAUCCAUAGGGGACACACUGAGGGCACCUCCCCCUGGGGCCCCUGAAGGACCACUGUCUGUUGUCAGGGCACCUAGCAGGCCACAGGCUCUUCCUGUAAGAGGAAAGGGCCCUGGUUUAACUGGACUCUGAGAAUCUUGCCCAUAGCCAACCACACGUGCUCUGUGGCCAUCCCGUCCCCGCAGUACCUACACCUGCUCCGCCUGCUGCCCAGGUCUCGGCAUGAAGCCCUCGCCCCUCCUAGUGAAGGUACCUGGCCCCACCCCUCCUCACCCAUCCCUCAGGCGGGGGCCGCAGGGGUUUCUCUCCAGGGGUAGUCGUCUUUCCUCUUCCCAUAAACAUACUCAGUGUUCGUUUUCAGUAUUAAAGAUCUCAACAGUCACCAAAAUACCUUGGUAAUAGUCUUGUUGCAAAAUUUUCCAUAGAAGGGGAAAGUCUUUGUUUCAGCGUUUGCACCCCACCUUCUCUCAGAGUUGACUUUUAUAGGGAGGUGUCAGGAAUUCCUAGUUAGCAAUCAAAACUUACUUAGAAGCAUGCAAAAUUCUUGUCUUAUUGCCAAACCAUAGAUAUUAUUUGAAGUAUGCUUUUUAAAAACAUCAUUUUACAAACUUUUGGCAAUGCCUAAUUAACCCACGUAAUACUUCUUUGCAUUUUAAUGAAUCCCAGUAAAGCCCCCACGUGGGAGAGCCCUCUGCCUGGAAUGUCAGGUCUGGAUUACGUGCAAGCUUCUCUGUUGCUCCUCAGCGAGGACUGAGAGCAGCUGUGCAGGGCCCGCUGUGCUUCCCUGGCUGUCACCCUCAGUCAGACGGUGAGGACCUAGUCCUAGGCUCCUCGCCAGAGUGAGCCGGGGAGACAGUUCUGGAAGAGGGAGAUUGGCUGGCAGUCCGGGCCAGGCUGGGGUGGGGCUCCUGAGUUGGUAUUUCGCCACUGGGCCGAACUUCCGGAGGCUGGAGAAAAAGUUCCGUGAGCAGCGGGGAGGGAGGCCUUUGCCGCCCAGGGCUCUAUUAGGCAGAUUUCUGCCCUGGCCCUGCCCCUCCCUCAGACCAGGAGCCUGGGAGGAUGUUCUUAGUUAAGGUGCGGACUGCUUUGGCCAUGAGCUGCACCUCUUCUCUGCCUUUAUCCCUAACCAUGGGCAAUUGGAAAAGAAAUUGGCCUCAGAGAAGCUUUUCCACUGUCUUACUAUCAAGUCUUUCUUGGGGGUAGUUGGCACUGGAAUCGAAUUCCUUUGGCGUUUUCCCUCAUAGUCAUCGUCCAGCUGCUCUCAGCCUGCACUCCCAAGGCAUUCCCUAGUCCUGUGGGUCCACAGCUCUGUGGCUUAGCUUCUAUGGACCUGGGCAGGUUUCCAGCAGGGCGGUUGCCACCUCUGCGUCAGUGAAUAUUCGCUUCUCUUCUCCAAGGACAGAAUUUUUUCCUGUUGUAAAAUCAACACUGUCACAGAAACAAGGUGGCAUCCUAAGUCUCGUGGACAGUGGCUUCUCGGUGGUGACAAAUGGUGCAGCUUGGGGGUGAAGUGGCGUCCACUCUUCUCAGAGAACAUCUGCGUGACUGACAGGCAGUGUCGUAGGCAGAUGAUGCCUGGGCCCACCUUGCUGCACAGCUUUCUGGCCAGCUCUCCUCCCAGGCAGCCAUAGUCUGCCCCGGGUCCACAGAUGUCCCCACCAGCCUGUGACAUCUUACACCUUAAGUCACCUCAGAGGACGUUAAAGAUCAGUAGUUUGCCACAAAUAACCCAACAGGUGACAGGAGGCACUCUGUGUCUGCUUCUUCUACCAGAUCCUUUUCAAUGUCUCACUCUAAAAAGGGAGACUAAUGCCCAAAGUCAUUGCCAGUCCCCAUUUGCACCCAUAGUACCCAAAACCCAAGGGGGUAGCCUUCCACUUAGUAGCUGGCCCGCUGCAUUCAGAUGGAGGCCUUCACAGAGACAAGGUCCAUGAAUACUCGGAUCUACACAUCAGUUUGCUGACUUGAAUGCAAUGGCAAGAAAAUAUUGCAAGUUAAAUAGUGUAUAUACAGUAGGUGUCCUUAAGUCUCUUUGGCUCCUCCAUUGUAAUUUAUACGUGUAUCUAUAGUACUGCAGGCAUUUAGAGAAUAUUCAUAUAGAUAGUCCAUCAGGCAUCAAAGAAAUGCUUCCUGUCCUCUGCCAAUGUUGUGUUUGUGGGCAUUUAUAGUUGUGUGUAUGUACAUGUACUAUAUCAUAUAUCAGUCUGGAAUAUGUACAUCAAAUUUAUUUUUGUCCUUAAUAACAAGUGUGACAUGAAAAGCAAGUAAAAACCUCAUAGGAUUGAGCAUAUGAUAUAGUUAUUGAGAGUAUAAAUAGUGGUACUGCUUUAUUAAACUUAAAUUCAAAUGAUAUUUUGAUGAAAUUUUUUAAUAGUAAGGGUUUAUGCUAGCAAAUCCCAUCUUUGAGCUUUGACUCACCAGGGCAGAAAUGACUGAGCUUUGAAAACUCUGUCAUGUACUGUGUACAAGACCCCGGGGUGGCUCAUUUUGUCUUGGGAUGUACAGAAAGAGGAGAAAAUGGGCCGUCUGUGCAGUCUUAGUGACUCAGUAUUAAGAGCACUUAAAUAUAGUCAAACUGAUAAUUUGGGGCUUAUUACAAAAUGUGUUGCUUUAAAGCACACGUUCUUUAUUGUUGUAAUUAGUCCAGAAAAAUAGAGCUCUCAGAAGAAGUAAGUACCCACCUAUCGUCUGUGUACCUGUGUCUAUCUUCCAGUAGGUUAAACCACUCCUAGCACCGCGUCCUGUACUUUGCAGAAAUACUGCACUGCUAAUGCAUAUCAGGGCUUCCCAAGAUCAGGUACUGUAUUCUAGGUUCGCAGUUGCACAAAUUAGCAUCUAGUGUCACAGGUCAAAGGAUUGUAAGACAGGCUACAGACCAGCUUAAAACUUUGUUUAAUAUUUUUAUACUUAGGUCUCUUCCUGCCUCUCCCCAAAGAAGAGCCAUUGGCCUUAGCUGUUUGACCUUACUGCUUAUCUUAGUGUGUAAAUAGAUAACUAGAGAUUGAAGCUUUAUUAACCAGCAUGUUUGGUAUAUUUAAAGCAGCAGUGGAGUGUGUGGGAGUAUGUGGCUGAGUGCAGUGGCCUGUCCUGUGUAUCUGCUGAGAACUGGGGCUGUGGAGGAAGAACUCAUCUUCAGCUCCCGGCUGCAGUCGGGUGUUGGUAAUUACUCUUGAGUUUGUUCUCAUUAACUCUACAGUCUCAAACUAUUUUUGCAAAUACAUCAUAUUUCCUGUUCUUGACGUGCGGUGAACUGGCUCUGUGGCUGAUCAGCAGGGUCUUUGUUCUGCAAGAAUGUGUUUCCUUCUAAGAAUUAUAGUGAUUUACAAAAACAUAGAUUUGAUUUAUAAAUCACAGACAAAAGGACUAACAAAAAUACAAAGUUUUGUUUUGGGCCUUAAUCAUUGAUACGUUUGGACUUUUAAUAUAAAGCCAUGUAGGUUAUAAAGCCAGGUUAACCAUUUGACACAGAUAAUAAUAUCCACUCUAGAGUGUGUGUGCACGUCGAUUUGUAAUGCCAUUAGGACACUUUUUUUGAGUUGUAGGAACAAGACUGAUAAGACCAAAUUGAAGUUGGGGGUUGGGGGCCGGGUGUGAACUGGUUGCCUUCCGUGUGGGACAGACACUCCUGAACAAUUCAGGGCCCGUUCACUGUCCCCUUAGGUGUGAAGGGGAAAGGCCCACCAUCUGAGCCUCCCCCGAGUGUACAUAUGCUUGCACACAUGUGUACAUAGUGAAUGUUUUAGGUUAUACACACUUGAGACACACAAGGCCAGGGUGUUCCAAAGAGGUGAUGAACAUGGGCGGUGGGAAACAUCACAGGAAUGUUCUCCAAGGCAAGGAAGAGUUGAGCUCCAUAUGCAACUCUGAGAUGCAUUGCAUUUUAACAAAUAAGUGAGGGGCACAGAUCCCAUCUUUCUGGCCACCAACCUGAAGGCUUCCUUGUAAUUCACAGGCAGCCACGCUCCAGUGUCUGGGGUGCUUCCUCUAGUGGUUAGGCUGGAGGCUCUAGAAGGCUCAUGUGCACGAGCUGAGACCGAAGCGCACUGAGCAAUUAGGCACUUUUCCAUCAGUGCCAACCUUGAGGAUAGAAAUGGGAAGGCACCCAGCGCGCCUCCCUGUGCCGGGCAGAGCCACACUCUCACUGGUCGUGUUCUUACCUUCAGUUCCUGAAAUGAUGGUUCAUGGAGAAUCUUGGAGUCUUGCUUCCAGUUCCCCUGUGAGCCCACUUAGGCCAGUCCUGGGGAGUCCCAGCCGCAGAGCUGGCAGACGGCAGCAGGCCUGAGGCCCCUCCCUCUGAGCCAGGCCGGGGCGCCACAGGGCUGAGACCGUUCUCUGCAGCCUGGGGCGUCUCCCUGGCCUUCACCCCACCAGGGCUUCUGCUGAGCAGCAAGCGCAUCCUGGGGUCUACAUGCUGCUUCUCCAGCAUCAGGAACUCAGUUGUCUUAAUGAGUUGACCCCGCUGAGGCAAGAUGCUGACUCUGACAGUGACGGAGUCCAGGGGUGACACAUGACAAGGUAUUUAAAAAAUUCUCUGACUGAAGCCCCCAGGUUCCUGGAGAUGGGUGCCACUUCAUUUCUGUGGGAAGGGCCCAGGAACGCUGUAGGGCCCGGCAGUCCUGCUUAGUCCAGAAGAGAGCCGCUGGGGAAGCCUUAAUGCCCGGGGCAUUCUCUCCUACCUCAGGCUUCAGGAGCCCGUUUCCAGAACAAAUCCACACAGUGGAGAGCCGGCACUGCCAGCCUUGGCUCCUGGUGGGAGGUGGGAGGGUGGUAGUUUGUAUUCUUUAAUUCCUUUGUGGUAGUUUGUUACCUUUACCGUGGCUCAAACUGAUGGGCAGUGUGGGACAUCCUUUACCUUCAGAGUUCUCUCUACCCGUCAUUUCAGUUUCACUGCAGGCCUGGUGCCACCUGGCCUUGCAAACCGUGAAAGUAGUCAGGACCGAAGAGCAGGCUACUCCUCUGCGGUGGCCAGACUGCCGGGUGGGCAGACUCCAGUGAGAUGGUGGUUCUGAAUCGUGGGCUGGCAGCCUGGUCCUCCUCCUCACCCGCCACUCAAGAAGUACCAUCUCCUGGAAAAUUACAGCAUUUAUGGUGGUUAGCUUUUGAAUGGAACGGUAAUUUAUAUGGAUAUUGUUAAAGAAUAUUUUGGAAAUUAAGUUUACAUUUUACAGUUGCUUUAUUUUUGUUAAAAUAGUUGUACAUACAGAUGACCCUAUUUCACUGUUGAAGUAAACUUACCCUGUGCAGACAAGUGAGUCGCCUGAGCUGUACAGACGCCAUAAUGUAUAUGAUACAUCUCUCUAUUGUGCAAAUGUUCAUGAAUGUAAUUGUUCCUGUGUUUUUGUAAGUUGGGGAUAAUUUGUUGUUUUACAACAACCGAAUUUAUUGCAUUUAAAUGGUUUUUAUGUAAUAGAAAUCAUGCAAAAUAGUGAAGGAUUUAAAAUACAUAUAUGAUAUAUGUAAAUGUACAAACUUCAGAAAGAAAUAAACCCAAGUUUCAAUCUU